GACCGCGAAGUGAAGCAGAAUUCCCUUAGUGCAAUAAGUGAUUAGAUUAAACUCUUGCCUGACCGGUCGCGGUGCAUUCAUGGACUUUUAAGAUACGGAUUUGCGGAUCAGACUUAGUGUUGACCGGGUCGCCCCCCCCCCCCAUCCCCGGAAGCAGUCUCCUUGAGAUUCACAGGAAAAGAACAGGAGCGAGAGCCUCCUCGCCGCAGUGCCCCGCAAGGGCCCGGCGCCACUGCAGCCUCGGACGCCCGCGAUGGUGGUGAAGUAAGCGUGAUGCCGACGCCGCCAGCACGACGCCGCGUGCACCCGGCGGUGGCUGUCCGUCGGGCGCAGAGCGAGCGCCGAUACCUCAGCCCCUGGCAGGCGGGGGCGGCUCCCCCCCUGUUGCACGUGCCCCCCGGCAGCGGGUGGGCGCGCUUUGAGCACCACCAUGCCACCCGCACCGCCUACAUCCCGCCCCUGCACCCACGCCUCUGCCACUCACAGGGCGUGGGCCGCCCCAAGGUGGUGAUGGGCGUGCGCGAGGUGUGGACGGGCACCGUCAGCUACCACCCAUGUGCCUCAAUGUCGCGGGCGCAGCUGCCGCCCCUCGCCCUCGGGUCGCCGCCCGCCGUGGCCGCCCCGCACACCCUCCUGCCGCCGCCCAUCACGCUCGAGGACAGGUUGGCGCAGGACAGGCUCACGGCCUUCCUCGCCGCCGAGUCGCUGCCGCAUCGCCCGCGCUCCAUCCUCUCGUGCCCAGAGUCUCCGCUCUACGAGUCGCUGGUGUCGUGCAUGUCCGACCUCGACGACGACAGUGUGGCCUUCCCUGACACGGAGGCCGAGCACGAGUAUCAGCAGAUCCCGGCGCUGGACCCGCUUGCCGACAAGGCCGCUCGGGCACCUCGGGACUCUCCGAGAAGCGACAAGAGCGGCGCCCCCAGCAAAAGACGAGACGCGUCCGGGUCCUCGAGCGACGGCCAGAAGGAGACGCAGCACAUCGCGGCGUCCAAGCUCAACACGCUGGACGUGAAGCCGGACAAAAGCGCGAGUAAGGAAGGCAGCCGGAGCGAAGAGAGCCAGGUGUGCCACUGCCAGAGGAAGGCGCCGGAGCGAAGGCCCAGCUCAGCCAAGCUCUCGCCCGCCUCCAGGACGUCCGGCAGCGGCUCUUCCCAGUCCCUGUCUUCGCAGGACAACCACAAGAGUGCCAUUUACAUCUCCAACACCACGAUCUGCCGCGACGACGGUGUGCAGGAAUCGUCUGACUCGGAUGACACUUACCAGGAUAUCAGCGACGCCCCGACCGUCAUCCACGUCAUUAGUCACAAGGAAUCCAAAGACAGCGCAAAGAAACCUGAGGGCUCGAACGUGUCUAAAGAGAGGUCGAGCGCGAGCUUCUCCCCGGCGGAUGGUCGCCGCCUCACACCGCGUUCCAACCACACCGCCAGCUCAGGCUCAACCUGCCUGAAGACGAGGGCGAACAGCGCAGAGAACCUGCCACACAGCAAAGCCCAAGGGCCAUGUUACCCGCCGCUCACCAUCGAGCUCUCGGAGAGGAAGGAGGACCCUACUUGGGGGCCAGACCCCGGAAAGGCGCGAGGAGGGAAAUCCAGCAACACUUCCCUCUCCUCGACACCGCACAUCAUAACGACCCUCGACCCGCCCCUGAAACCGGCGACGAAGGCGCAGACGGAGUACGAUUCCAUGAGCGAAAUACCCCCUCUGGUGGUCAACUUCGACGCUGAAGACUCCGACAGCAACAGCGAAACGUUCAUCGAGAUGGGGGCGUCGACUGUAGGCGGGAGCACCUCCAUCUACCUGACGGAGGACGAGACGAGUUCCCUUUAUUCUUCCGUGCCGGAUCUAUACUCCGUUGUGACCACAGACCCCGACUCCUUCGUGUAUGUGUACAGGCCGCCCCCGCGUCGUCAGAGCCUCCUGCAGAAACGUCUUCAAGAUUCAGCAUUGGAUUAUAGGAUUCCUGGAUAUAUCAUAGCAAGGGGCAGCGGUGGGAGCAGCGGCGGCAGCUGCACGUCGGAGGGCUCUUGGAGCGACACCAUCUCCUUCGUGGAGCCCACCUACCGACCCACCAACCUCUCGGUGGGCUCCCGCGGCCACCUCAAGAUCGACUACUCGUGCUCCUGGACCCGCUUGGACGACUUCGUGCGCACGGCGAGCCCGAGAGGCGCGUCACAGGAAGUGCCCAAGCUCGUCUACAGGAGAGGCGGAGCCCUGCCCCCCGCCCGGCCGCCCAAGGACGCCUCCCCGGCCUCAGUUUCGCACAGAGGCCCUGCGCUCUCGCCCUGGGAGAGGUACACCGACCCCGUCGCCGGAUAGGUCAGCUGCAGGUUACUGCACUCCGUCACUUGUACAGUGUACUUAAUAAUCGUACUUAAAAAGGUUUUUGCAUUCAUUCUUGCAUUUGUUUAGUGCUUGAAAUCUAUGAGACUUUCAGAACACAAAAUAUUUUGUCAACAAGCUUUUUUGAAUCUGCUUCCCCAUAUUCGUAAUUUCUUCCUUAGAGAGACGUUCACGAAUCGCAUAAUCUCUAUAGCAAUACGGAAAAAAGUAAACCGUUCUUUGUUGGGAGAGAAUGUAAUUCCUUCAAGUCAUAUAUAGUGUGAAUAUUGUAUCAAAAUGUUUAUGUGAAGAAGCCU